AUCAUACACACGUGUGAUAAACAUUUCCUUGACAGAGGACUUCAGGACGCAUAAUGUCACCAACAGUACAAACCAUGACUGCUGUUCAGCCUCUGCAGUCAGCAUUGUCUCAGUGUAGGGCCAACAAAGCAUGCACCUUCUGUAGGAGCCUGGGUAUUUCAUCGCCAGCAGUCAUUAACUCCUGGGAAAGUGAGGUGGAUACACUGGUGUCUGUUAGAUGCGUUCUUACGGACCAUAGAUGAGGGAAACUACUGCAGUGGUUUCUGUUUGUGGCGCUGUCGCGUACGCUCUUUCUCUCAGGUCAAGUGAGGUCAUUAUUGGUUUCUUGUGAAGUUAUAAGAGGAAACGAUACAUUGUUUUCCCCAGUAUGCCUAAAUAAGGUUGUGGUGGUUUGUAAUUGUAAACGUGGUUACAUUUUUCUUUUUUUCCUUUUUUUUUUUUUUUUAAAGAAAAUGGGGAAAAAAACCACCCUGCUUGCUGUCAUGCUUACACUCAUACAAAAGGAAACAAACAUAUUGAGAGAUGAUGUUAAAUCGUGUAACAAUAUGAACUGUGAAUGCAAAUGAUCAAUUUAUAAAAAAAAAAAAAAAGCAGAAAGGAAUAGGUUUCGUUGUUAGUGCUCUUGACCGUCAUGCAAAAAUCGCGGGACGAAAGCUUUCUCUGGCACGUAGCUAGGAAACUCAUGUCUUCAUGCCCACCGAACUGCUGCAAACAUCUCAUUUAUCAAGGAAGGUGGAUUGGGCUGCCAUGAUCUACACACGGUGCGUCGAUUCAGUCACUGACUAGGUUAUGAGAGCCUAUACCUUAACUCAUAUCUUCUAACCACACAGAUAAACAGUGGACUGAAAACUCUGGAAGUCGCACCACCGACUUCAUCAUGUGUACUAUCUUUACACCGAAGGGAACAUGAACAAGCCGCAAGGAGGGAGAUCAAAUGGUUUUGUUUGGGGUUUUUUUCACGUUCACCGACCAACAAGUUUCUUUUAAAAAAUCUAGUGACGUGCCACGCACCACUCCACAAACAUCAAUACCACAUCAGCAUUUUGCACCACCACCAUAGCGACCACGACAACCGACACGCUUCAUGCUGGGUGUCGCGAAGUGAUUUCGGACCUGACGCGUGGCCAGUUGUGGUUGCUGCGCACAACAAGGCGGACUCGUUAGACCAGCUUGGCUUUUGUUUUAUUGCGAAACGUCCUAGAAAGGGUUUCACUUGGUGAAGACCGUUGACGUCAUUAACAAACAUUUCUUCACUGAACUUACCGAAAGUAUAUAGCGAGCUUGCUCCGUACUAUCAGUGAAGCACUAUUCACUGCUGUUAAAAUAUAAAAUACUUUUGAGCAGCUUAGUCAAGGAAAGUGUCAGGCAAUGUGAACGAUCGUUUUUGGACACAGUUUGGCAGACUGAGGGGUGAAGAAAGCAAAAAUGUCGACUGAGGUGGAGAAAAGAAAAAAGCGGAGAAAACUGUUGAAAAUCAAGAUAAGUCAAUAAUUAAGAGGUGGCCAUGGGAUAAAUCAGCCUCCAAAUUUGGCGCCAUGACGUCUGUUGGUGAGGCUGGGCAACUUGCAGGAAAAAGAAGCUGGGCCUGAUUCGCUCAAUGUGCUCCACAAGGCUGGCAACUUGGACGAGAAAUUAAUUAACCAGAAUGACAACGUUCAUGUGGAUUUCGUCCCCAGUCAAAAGCAGAAUGGAAUGCUGCAUGGUGAGCAUCCAUAGACAAUAUUUUAGCUACUGCAUCGGAAGAUGUGAAUAAACAGGCAACGUCUUUUGACGACUCCAGAGAAAAAAACGGCCGAGGCAUUCUGAACAAACGCUCAACCAGAUUUCUUCAAUCGACGAACGCAGCAUCGAAACUUCAAAGGGCGACAGUCUUGGCGGAGAGGACAGGAUGUCGAGAGAAAACACUGACGUCACCGAUAAAAACAGCAACAUUAACGAGAAGCGGCCAGCUCCCAUGAACAUCCUGCAAACACUUAAAAAAUCCGGAACUGAUGGAAUCGCGUCUGGGAGAAAGAAACAGGACAGAGACACCAAGACGCCAGAAUCUGGGAGCAACAACUCGAGGAUCAACGCGAUCAACAACGAGAGGGUGGACUCGCCAGGGAACAGCAGAAAGCAGGAACAAGUCGUUGUCAAGGAAACCGAACCCAAGACGGCGCGGAAAUCCUUAGCUCUGACCAGAACAGCUCGCAUUUCCAACGACACCAAGACGACUAAACAAAUCAACGAUGAUAACCACAAGACGGCGAACGGCGGCAGAGGUAACCCUACAGACCUUGCUUUUGCCACUGCUGAUGGUAACGAGAAAGACAAGAAAACAGCCAACGGCGAUGCGCCCAGGAGCAAACCAAGCAGAACGAUCCCAGGGGUGACAGGAAAGAACAACUCCCGGAUACUCAAGGAUCAGCCCACUGCGAAAGACCCCGAGGAGCUCAAGGAAAUGGCAGAAGCUCUGCUUGCCCGUGCCGUCAUGAGACGCGUGGCUGCCAUCAAGGACCCCCACGACAAACAGCAGAACACUGCGACUGAUGUCAGCGGUGCCCAGAUGCCCGGCACAGGCCCGGGGCCCAUUAAGGGCAGGUCGGCCCACAAGACCCACAGCAUGCAGUCACUGGCGGUGCCGGGCAGUGGACUCGGGGCUCGCGACAACGAUGGCAACGGGGACGGGGCGGAUCGCGUGUCCCUGGGGUCCCGUCGCGACUCUGUGCGCCAGUCAAUGGACUCGGUCUCUUGCAAGUCCGUGGACUACCGCCUGCAGAACUCGCAGUCCGUGGUGGUCGGGGCCGCCAACGGAGGGAGCGGGGAGGAGAAGGGCAAGUCUGUGCUAAUGCACGACAGUUCGCUGAUCAGAUCCGCUAUUCCUGCACUGCCGCUGUCCCUGGCCUUGUUCUGCCUCAUCUCCAACGUCCUGCUGCCAGGCCUGGGCACGAUUAUCAGUGGAUUCUUCGCACUGUGUUGCGGUAAAUCCCGACUGUCCAGUAAAGGCGACCCUGUAGUCGUCACACUUUGCAUCAACGUGUUCGUUGGGGCAGCGCAGCUUGGCACCGUGACCUUCCUGCUGGUCGGCUGGUUCUGGUCGCUGGCCUGGGGCAUCAAGAUGGUCUUGUACGCAGUGGAAUACCGAAAAGAACAGAAGCAGCAAAGAGAAAAAGAACUACAGACUCUGGCACUGAGUGCUUUCGGCUCUCCUGGAACACUUCGACGCUCCUUGUUGCCUCCUGUCUAAAGUGGCUUCUUAACAAGUGCAACUCGCAUUUUGCAGUAAACUUUCAAGUCUACUUGCUGGUCUGAAUGAUACUCAAAUCAAGUCAUGGAAAGGACAGUAAGGUUUCUUCAAGAAUUGCAGUCAAAGAAAAUUGUCUGUUAAACAAGUGAUUUUCACAGAUGCAAGGAUAAAUGCAUUUAAUCUAUGAUUGCUGUUUUCUUUGCGCUUUUUUUGGGUCGAAAAUCUAAAAUUGUAGACAAAUAUUCUGCUAAAGCUGUUUAGCAAAAUAAUCAAGGUAAUGUUGGAAGUUCUUAGAGAUCUUAGCAACAACACAAUAAACAGUAAUAGGCAUUUUGGAUAAGGCAAGAUCAAAACUAGAUUACACAGACUGGUCAUUAGAUGGGUGUGUAAAGAAUGCUGCAUGUGCAAAAUAGUCAUUAUGUGAUCAUGUUUCAAAACUAGAAUGCUCAAAAGCAAGUUGUUGACAAGUACCUAAACAUUAAGAUUUGUAUUAAAGAAACACGAGUCAUCAUACUUUCUUCAGAAAUAUUGUACUUGGUUAUCAUGAAAUAAAUUUUCCUGAUAUGUUGAUAACUGCAUCUAUGCGAACACACACACUUAUAGAUCAUAAAAAUAUAUGUGAAUAAGCCUCAAAUCAUAUUAUAGAAAUAUAUAGCUCGCAUCACAUUCAGAUGUGGUGACAGAACACCCCUGACAUCACUAAAUGAAAUGUAAUGACAUAUGGGCCAUUGCUGUAGUCUUGUAACUGGCUCACUUAGUAGUGGUAAAGCAGAUGUAGAGGGUUCUGCUACAGCAGAAAUAGAAUGUAAAUCAGUCGUCUUUAACAAAUGAAAUCAAGCGAGGAAUGCAUCGUUUAUUGGGUUUUUCUCUUUUGGGUUUAUUGGGUUUUUGAUAUAAAAUAAAAAUGUUUUACAUAUAUUUGUAUUUUCUGUGGACAUUUCAUAUGAAGUAAAGUGUUGAUGCAAAUGUGCUUUUUGUUAACAUUUCUUCAAUAAUUCCAAUAAAAAUUAGGCAUUAGGUCCAAAAAAUCUACUUUAUACAAUGUCAACGUGAAAUGCUGUUACCAUCUCAACUCCAUAUAGACAUGAUGGGACAGACCAUAUCCCAAAGCUAAAUAUUUCUUUCAAAAAUACAGUAAAUAGACAUGUUACAUACUUUUAAAUAUUAAUGUGAGUGAGAAAACAGUAAUUUACAACAGGCUUUGCAGAUAUGACAUAUGAAACAUAUUUUAUUUGAUUGAGGGACAUAUUUGUAGCACUUUCUUCAUGCACAGUAAAGCACCAUUACACACAAUCCAAAACAUUCAUCUUGAAAAAAAAAAUUCAAAAUUAACAGAAUACAAGUUAUUAAAGAUAAUUUUGUUUUUACAAUGAAUGAAACCAUAGUAAUUUUGAAAUUUUGCCUUAAUAUACAUCUUUAUGCUGGCAUACUUUAGAGAUAGUGGUCAUAUUUCAGUAACUUUGUAGUGUCACACUUCCUUUAAAGAACCAGAUUUCAUCACCCAGUUAUUCCUUUAUUUGGGUGAAAAUGGAGGAAUGUGAUAAAUGGAUGGUGAAAUGUAAGCUAAAUACCAAAUAUGGCCAAAAAAAUUCCUACGCACAAAUGCCAAAAAAAAAAAAAAAACUAUGAUAAAACUAUGUACAUUUCAACAAAAAC